GUCAGACUUCUGGUGGCCCCGCAGCUUCAGCUCGACAUGCUGCUGUUGCUGCUGCUGCUCUGGGGAAUGACAGGGGUAGAGGGUGGCCCUGACGCCACGCAGGGUUACUCGCUGAAUGUGAAAAGGGAGGUGGUGGUGCAAGAGGGCCUGUGUGUCCUCAUUCCUUGUAGGUUCUCCUACCCCACGGGGAAACGGACUGACUCAGACCCGGUUCAUGGAUACUGGUUCCAUAGUGGAGCCAAUACAGGGCAUGAUUUUCCAGUGGCCACAAAUAACCCACAGAGGCCAGUACUGAAGAGGACCCAGGGCCGAUUCUUCCUGCUGGGAGAUCCACAGAAGAACAACUGCUCCCUGGACAUCAGAGAGACCAGGAAGGAGGACACAGGCUCAUACUUCUUUCGCCUGGAAAGAGGAGAAGAGAAGUACAAUUAUAUUUUGAACACGAUGACUCUGCAUGUGACAGCCCUCACUAUCACCCCCCACAUCCUUAUCCCGGAAACCCUGGAGGCUCGCCGUCCCAGCAACCUGACCUGUUCUGCACCUUGGGCCUGUGAGCUCCCCACCUUCUCCUGGACUGGUCCCUCUGUGUCACUCUUGAGCACCAAUGCCAUUGGUUCCUCAGUGCUGACCAUCAUCCCCCAGCCCUGGGACCAUGGCACCAACCUCACUUGUCAGGUGACCCUGCCUGGAACCGGUGUGACCACAAGGACGACCAUCCGUCUCAGUGUGUCAUAUGCUCCAGAGAAUCUAACCAUGACUGUCUACAAAGGAGUUGGUCCAGCAACUACAGCCCUGAGAAAUGGCUCAACACUGACUUUCCUGGAAGGAGAAUCCCUUCAUAUGGUCUGUACUGUUGACAGUAACCCUCCUGCCAGGCUGAGCUGGGCCUAUGAGAACCUCAUUCUGAGUCCCAUACAGUCCUCAACUCCUGGGUUGUUAGAGCUACCUCGAAUGCACCUAAGAUAUGAAGGAAAAUUCACCUGCUCUGCACAGAAUGUUCUUGGAUCUCAGCACAUGUCUCUGAGCCUGUUCUUAAAGCGGAAAUCAGGACUGACGACAGAGGUGAUUCUGCUGGCUGUGGUAGAGGCAGCAGUUAAAGCCCUGCUUCUUGGGCUGUGCCUCAUUAUCCUCAGGUGAGUGCUGCCCCUGAGAGGGGGAAAUGUAUAGGGAAGGCAGCUGCCUGAUGCUAAAUACCAGAGUCCCAGUACUGGGGUACUAGAAAGGGUCUGGG